AAAUCUUUCUUGAACCACAGAAGCUAAUGGAUUCUCACAGAAACCACUAAAAAAAAUGCCUUUUAGGUCCAACAGUGAUGACAGGUUUCCUUCUCAACAGGAUCAGAUAUAAUACACAACUACACAUGUAUCGCCUCUCAUUCAUUUCCAUGAAGCCUCAGUCAUAUUUGGUUCCAUGUGUGUCGAAGGUGACCCACCCAGGGCUGUUGAAAAUCAGUGGUCUGCAGGAGGGAGUUUACACCUUCCAGAUGACGGUCACUGACAUGGCUGGACAAAAGAGUUCAGACAACGUCUCCGUCACGGUCCUGCCCCCGAAACACCAGGCAGAAGUUUGCACUGGUCAUUGUUCAAACUACCAGUUCAGGUGUGACGACGGCUGCUGUAUCGACAUCACCUACACCUGCGAUGGGAAGCAGCACUGUCCUGAUCGCUCUGAUGAGGAUUUCUGCCCAAACUUCGACAGCAGCAGGAAGUCAGUGAGCCAUCCUACUCAUAUGAUUGGUCCUCAGUGGUCUAGAGAGGAGACGCUGGAUGGGUCAGUGUCAGUGUCCCAGAAUGGGCUCAGGAAGACAAUUGAGGACAUUGUCCAACCUCAGGACCGAACCAAAACAGCUCCUCCUCAAAGCAACAGUGAGCAGAAAACUUCAGUCAGUCAAGGUGACACGGUUCAGUCCGUUCAAAUGUGAAGGUAUCGCUCUGGUAACACAGCAGGAGAAGUUAGCAGCAGCUUUCAAACUUCAACUUCUUCCACUGCUGUUCUUUAUUCAGUAGCAUUGUGCAGAGAUGGAUUAAGUCAGGCAUAAAGCAGAUGGAGCCGCCGUCGUCGACCACUGAA